CACACUUUGACCGUAACACAAUCAUGGCCGAAAGAAGCGAAGGAAAGUCAGUCAAUUUGUCAGCGGGUCAAGCGUCUGCGGCGGUGUCCUACGCCACGGACAUAACGCAUCGCUAUCCGACGUUUCGCGACGAACCGUUCAAGACCGUGCACAACUGGCUGGAAGGCAAACGGUACGAUGAUGGUGCGGAGUGUCUUUGGCGCAUCAAUGACGGUCUGUACGAUCUGGAAGAUUUUGCACGCACCCACCCAGGAGGCGCUGAGUGGAUACAAUGGACAAAGGGAACGGACAUUACGGAGGCAUUCGAAACGCAUCACAUCAGUUUGCGGGCGGAACAGAUGCUUCCGAAGUUUUACGUUCGGCAGGCAACGCAGCCACGGAACGUAAAGUUUACGUUUCAUGAGCAUGGAUUUUACCGAACACUCAAGCGACGCAUUAGGGACCAACUGGUCCGUGUCGAUCCUGCACCGAAGGAACAGUCUCGCCGAAUACUCGACAUACUGCUCGGAGCUGUACUGGUUUCGGCAUACCUGGCAGUAAGGCAUGAAAGUUUCAUCAUCGGAUUGAUUUGUGCCAUUUGUGUAAAUGCAACCAUCAUUGCCGCGCACAACUUUCUGCACCAGCGAGACAACUGGCGCAUGUACGCCUUCAACAUAGCGUUUCUGAGUUACCGGGAAUGGCGUGUGUCUCACGUGAUAUCGCACCACCUAUUCCCGAACUCGGUGCUGGAUAUGGAAAUUUCUGCAUUCGAGCCAUUCCUGUGCUACUUACCGUGGGCAGAUCUGAAGAACAGUUUCCAGCGGUACGGUUCCUGGUUCUAUGGACCGUUCAUAUACGGGUCGAUCUUCCUCAGCGAGUAUCUAAAGCGGCUGAUGGACAGCUUCAGCCAAGGAAAGAACCGGUUCCAUCUGGAUGAUCUCAUCCCUUUUCUCCUGCCUGCCUUCAUGUACGCAACCAAUCCGGACCGCAUCACAGUAAUUUUUCAGAUGUGGCUGUUUGUGGUGCUGAUAGCAAGUUUUUUCUUCGGUUUGAUCGGGCUCAGCGCUGGCCAUCAUCAUCCGAAAGCGCUACAUUCGGGUGAUUUGUUUCCACAAGACAUCGAUUUCGGACUGUACCAGAUGGCAACCAUCGUCGAGCGGAGAGGCGUCGAAGGAUCGCUUGUGAAGGUGUUGACCACCUUUGGAGAACACUAUUUGCAUCAUCUGUUUCCAACGCUCGAUCAUGCGAUCUUACCCCAGCUGAACGGUGUCUUUCUCGCGACGUGCGAUGAAUUUGAUGUUGGGAAGCGACAUAGUUCGUGGUUUUCGCAGUAUAUCGCACAAAAUUUGCAGCUUGCUCGUGUGCAUUCCAAGCAGUACCAGGCACAAAAGUCAAACAGCAAAUUAAAACAUAAAAUAAACAAAGUGUAUGAUGACGUGUCCGGUACUUGCAAGUCACUCUGA